AUGAGUGCCUGCGAGACAUUCAUGUCAAGUAGUGUCCCACAACUAACGAGCCAGAACGAUGCUAACGUUCAAGCACGAGCAACUGGGAGCACUACCCACACUGCCUUAUCUGCGACACUUCAUGCAGCAUCUGUGUCAAUUGGUGCUCGACGACGAGGGAGGCCACGCAUGACCGAGGCGCAAAAGGCAGAGAGCAAAGCACGGCAUGCUGAGGCUAGGCGACGAAAGCGGCGGGAAAACCCCCAAUUGCUGGCUGAACAGAUCGAGACGAAACGACAACGGCGCAAUGUGGACCCGGAAUUCAGAGCAAGGGAAGCCACGGCGAUGCGGCGUAAACGAAAGGAACACAUAGAACAAAACGUCAGGAAAGCGGAGGUCAAACGCCAACAACGCCAUGAAGGUGCCUCGCUGAGAGCCAGGAAAGCUGAAACGAAGCGUCGUCGCCAUGAUAUGGAUCCCCAAGUACGAGCGCGGGAAGCCGAUCACAGGCGUCAACGACGCCAAAAUGACGCAGAACUUCGAGCUCGAGAAGCGGAGGCCAAGCGUCAGCGUCGCCAAGACAACCCUGACAUGGCAUCGAGGGAAGCCAAGGAGAGGCGUCAACAGCGGCAAGAAAAUCCUGAUUUGAGGUCUCGUGAAGCCGAGGCCACACGACUUAGGCGACGAGCCGAGGCAGAACAAACAGCCCGGGAGAGGCUAGAACAGCAUGUGAGGGCCACUAAUAUGUUUCAAAAACGCUUCACAAACAAUCCAUUUGGCUACUCGUGCUCCGUGUGCGAUCGUAUUUGGCACAAGAACGAUCUAAAGCCUCUUCCAGAAACGCAUGCUGAAGUGGUUUCCGAUGCAUUCCUCACGGACGUUUCUGGAUUCCAGGUGUGUCGCACUUGCAUGCAGAGCAUCCGACGAGACCGCAUGCCAAACUUCUCCACCACGAACGGUUAUGCGUACCCACCAAAACCGUCUCAUUUGCCAAAGCUUAAUCUCGUGAGUGAGCGCCUUGUGUCACCGUGAAUACCCUUUAUGCAAAUUAGGAGACUACUGUACAGUGACAGCGGCCAGUUCGCCAUU